AUGGAUUUUCAGGGAUCGAAUUGCUCGGCAGGACAAGUCUGGUGCUGCGGGAAUUCACCCAUCACAAGUUCUUGUGGUACGCGAAAAGUCACUAAUGCGUCACCUCAACCCACAGGAACAGCUAGAUAUGGAGCUUACCCUUGGCAAGUGGCUCUUUUGACACUUGACAACAUGUACAUAGGUUCUGGAGUACUUAUCGACGCAAAUUAUGUGCUCACAGUGGCUCAUAAAAUCCAGCCUUAUCGUUCUGGAAACUUCAAACUACGUUUUGGCGAUUGGGAUGGACGAUCUACAGUCGAGCCAAAUCCAUACGUGGAAUUGCGCUCCCAGGGAGUAGCAAUACAUCCGAAUUUCAAUUCUCAAAAUCUCCAAAACGACGUGGCACUGAUUCGGCUGAAUGGAACGGCACCCAUUACCACAGCUCCCAACAUAAACACAGCUUGCUUACCAUCCGGAAUGCCAACAACUGGAACGAGGUGCUGGGUCAGUGGAUGGGGAAAGAAUGCCUUUGGAAGUGAUGGAAAUUAUCAGCCACUUCUGAAGGAAGUUGAUGUACCCAUUGUGGAUCAAGGAAGUUGUGAAACUCGACUUCGUGGCACGAGAUUGGGAUCUUUUUUCGCUUUAGACAGAGCGAGUUUCAUCUGCGCUGGAGGUGAACAGGGAAAAGAUGCCUGCACUAUUAUAUGGUAUAUCAAUUCAAGAAUUGUGGAACGAGCUGCAAUAUGA